AUGAUAUUCAACCCCAGCAGAUUGAUUCUUAUUCAGCCUCUGAAUUUCAGGGGAUGGAGGUCUUCGUCUUCGUCUCGGCCGAAGCAAUACGGUUUCAUUGGCCUAGGGCAAAUGGGAUAUAACAUGGCCAAGACCCUCCAAUCCAGGCUUCCAGCUUCAGAAAGUCUCAGGGUUUUUGAUAUAAAUAUUGCUACUACGCAACAGCUUAAAAAAGAAUGCGAAGUGAUGGGUGGCGCUAUGGUGACAAUAGCUACCAAUGCUCGCGAUGCUGCUGAGAAUUCUGAAAUAACUAUUACGGUUCUUCCCGAAUGCACACAUGUGAAGAGCGUCUUCAACCAAGUGCUUUGUCCGUUAUUAUCUACAGAUAUCGUGUCAAAUAAAGAUCGUCUCUUUAUCGAUUGCUCAACCAUUGCUCCCACUUCUUCCAGAGAAAUAGCAGAUUUAGUUCGAGCGACCCAUCAUAGUCAAUUCGUUGACGCCCCAAUGUCAGGUGGUGUAGUGGGAGCAAAUUCAGGUACACUGACCUUUAUGCUUGGGUCUCCGGACCAUUUAGUGUCACGGGUUGAGAGAGUCCUCCUCAUGAUGGGAAAGAAGGUAUUUCACUGUGGUCCACAGGGCCUAGGAUUGGCCGGGAAACUUGCAAAUAACUAUUUACUCGCCAUUAAUAAUAUUGCAACGGCAGAGGCCAUGAACCUUGGUAUCAGAUGGGGACUUGACCCUAAACUACUAAGCAGCUUGAUAAAUACUAGCACUGGGAAGUGUUGGUCUAGUGAGAUGAACAAUCCCGUAAGUGGAGUGGAUAUCAAUUCUCCAGCAAGUAGAGAUUAUGCAGGUGGUUUUGGCAUCAGCCUCAUGAUAAAAGACCUGAACCUAGCAAUUAAUGGUGCGCGGGAAGCUAAUGCAAGCCUAGAGCUAGGAGAUAGAGCACAGGAGGUUUAUGAUGCAGCUAACAGGCAGGACAAUUGUAAGGGAAAGGAUUUUUCAGUCAUCUAUAGAUACUUGAGUGGACCUGGAUUGAACAGAUAG